UCAUGUGCCUUAGAUACUCUGAGCGGUCAAGCUUAUGGAGCUAAGUUAUACCGGAAACUAGGUGUUCAGACAUACACAGCAAUGUUCUGUCUUACAUUAGUAUGUAUCCCUUUCUCCAUCAUAUGGUUCAACAUUGAAAAGCUUCUUGUCUUCCUCGGCCAAGACCAAGCUAUUGCACAUGAAGCCGGUAGAUAUGCUGCCUGGCUCAUCCCUGGACUCUUCUCUUACGCCGUUACACAGCCUCUCACUCGCUACUUCCAAAACCAGAGCAAGAUCACACCCCUCCUCAUUACGUCUACGCUUGUGUUCUGUUUCCACGCUCCUCUAUGCUGGCUUUUGGUUUACAAGUCAGGGCUUGGUUUUCUUGGAGGAGCCGUGGCUAUGGGUUUGUCAAACUGGCUAUGUGCCAUUAUUCUUGGAUGUAUCAUGUGCUUCUCCUCCGCUUGUUCUGAGACACGUGCGCCUCUUUCCAUGGAGAUAUUCAACGGUGUUGGAGAGUUCUUCAGAUAUGCUCUUCCUUCUGCCGCUAUGGUUUGCCUAGAGUGGUGGUCAUUUGAACUCAUAAUAUUACUAUCUGGUCUCUUACCCAACCCGGAGCUGGAGACUUCUGUGCUCUCUAGCUGUCUUCAAACAAUUGCGACAGUCUCUGCAAUACCAAUUGCCAUCGCGGCUGCAGCAAGCACAAGAAUCUCUAACGAGUUAGGUGCUGGUAACUCUAGAGCAGCACACAUCGUGGUAUACACGGCAACGUUUCUUGCUGUUAUGGAAUCACUGGUAGUGAGUAUGUCUUUACUAGUAGGAAGGAGUGUUUUCGGCUAUGUUUUCAGCAGUGAUGAGAGAACCGUCGACUAUGUUGCAAAGAUGGCUCCGUUGCUCUCUAUUUCUAUCAUACUGGACGGUUUACAAGCGGUUCUCGCAGGUAUUGCAAGGGGAUGCGGAUGGCAACACAUAGGGGCUUACAUCAAUUUAGGAUCUUUUUAUCUAUGUGGGAUACCCUUUGCAGCAACUUUAGCCUUCUGGUUUAAUCUAGAAGGUGUUGGCCUUUGGAUUGGAAUACAAGCUGGUGCCCUUGUGCAAAAUUUUCUGCUAGGUCUUUUCACAGGCUUCACAAACUGGCAAAACCAGGCCUUUGAAGCAAGGAAGCGAAUGGCUUUGGCCUAAAGGUAAUGCAAGCCGCUGCCUAAGAGCACUUACCCAGUCAAAACCAGUUCCUCCUGUUUUACCAUGUUUGCAGUUAAAUCAUUGUAUGUUAUUAUUGGAC